AUGGUUGCCAAACUACGCCGGAAAACGCCUUUAUACCCCCAAGAUGUCAAUGCUAAUUCUGCGAAAAGAAUGUGUUUGAAGAAUAACAUAUUAUUAGAGGACCUUAAUAAAGAAAAUAUUCCUUUUGAACCUAAUGUUGCAUGGGAAGGUCCUGAAUCUUCUGGUAGUAACCUCACCGGGUUUUUAAACGAACAUCUUGAAAGGAAACUUGCCGAGAAAGAUUUAGUGACAAGACCUAAGUCACAAGGUCAAGAGUGUCUCACAGCAUCAUCUCUUGGAAACCUUCAAAGUACGCUUAAAGACUUUGAAACAAAACUUUGUAUUCAAAAUCGUGACUGUUUUAUCAAAGAUGCUCAUUAUUCUGAUGACAACCUCACUCAAUGCCGGAUCAAUUUAUUGUUUGAGUUAGAAAGCUUGCCUAAUUUGAGUUGGGCCCAAAAAGGUAACUUAAGGACAGCAAAGUAUAUUCCUUCGGUCUAUCAAAGCUUGGAUCCUGAUUGGUAUUUAAACCCGGCCUUUUCUAUCGAUGAUUUCUCCAACCUUCCAGAGGAAGCAAAACUUUACAAUGUUUUGAGUCCAUUACUUGAAGAAAGCACAUUAUCAGAGGAGCAAAAAUCAGAACCAGAGGCUCCAGAUAAUGCUAAAGUUGAAAUAGAAAAUAUUGGUCCUUCUUCUUAUGUAAUCCCAAGUUCGAAGCUAAAGUUUCGUGGAAAGUCUACUGCUUUUAAUGAAGAUAUCGAAUACCAAUCAUUACUUAAGGUUAAAGUUUUAGAAAACGAUAAUGAUGAUGAUAUUGGUGAGAGGGAAGAAGACGAAAAUGAUAAUUAUGAUCAAAUAUCACUACCAGAUAGUUUAGACCAUUGCAAGUCCAUCAAGAAACGAUUCACAAAUACUAGGAAACGUCUCAACAAGAAUUCUAUUAUGUUUCAUAAGAAAUGA